CGAGCGGAUAGUGGAUUGGAUAGUCAGGUCUCGAUGUUAGUUUUAAAGGAGAGAUCCAAGUGAACGCAACUCUGUCUGUUUUUUAAGUCCUAACAGUAUCGACCAACUGUGACAUCCAUCCUAAAAAGUAAAACUUUAUUCGGUGGUGGUUUUUUAAACACACACCCGGUUUUGGAGGAGAUGCUCAAAAGAACAAACUUCUUCAAGUGGCACAGGCGCAUCAGGCACUGUUCGCCACUAAAACAGUGAACUAUAAUGAGACAUUUUAAAAAUUAAGUUACGUAUUUUCAAAAUUUUAAGUGUAAAUUAGUGAUUUAAUUCUGGUCCAAACUGUUGUUUUUAUAAAAACCAAAAAAUGUUUAAGAUACUCGGGAUUUUACUGCUGGCGGCCUUGAGUGUCAACGCGUUUAGUUUUGUAAAUAUAAUUAGCUACGCUAAAUACUUGUACCCGCGUAACUUGACGUACCUGAACGCCGGAGUAGGCGGCAACGAGCUGUGGCGAGGAAUUUUGAAGGACUGCAGCAAGAAAUUAACAUUUUCGUGCUUGCAAAAGAACGCGUACAGUUACUUGGACAACACAUUGGGAGAAAUAGACAAUGUGACCAUUUUUGACGGAAUUUUGAUGACUAAAAAUAAACUGGACUAUGGAACAUGUGAGAAAAAUUGUGAAGAAGACACUUCUGAAGAAGAUAAUUUGGUGGAAGAUCGCAGCUACAAGGAAAACUUCAAAGCUUUUGAAGAACCGAAAACUCCCUUGGAAGAAGUUACUUCUGCGUUGAGGCAUAAAACGGUCAAAUUUUUGGCAACACGUGACUAUGAAAUCCAGCUUCCGGAGUUUGUUUUCGAGAAGGCCAAAAUCAAAAUUAGUCCUCGAGAAAUUGACUCAAAUGGAGCGCUAGUACGAAUUGAUUUUGGGUCUGCUUUGGAGCAGCAAGGCCGCUUAUUUAAAAAAAUUCGCAAGUUCAUCCAAAACCGGUUGCUGCUGAGCUUCCUGGCACUGAUACUCAUUAUUAAAUUGAUCAAGGUCAAGUUCAUGUUCGUGAUACCUUUCUUGUUUGGAGUGACCACUGCCAAGAAAGUAUUUUUGAAGCUGUUGCUGUUUUUGAUUCCACCCUUCGCCCACGUGUUUAAACUAUGCUCCAGUUAUUACAAUUCGCACACAAAGUUUCAUCAUCACCAUCACCAUCAGAUCGCUCAUCAUCAUCAUCACGUUCCAGUUCCCGUUCCAGUGCCAGCACCAGUGCCAGCACCCACGUACUACGAUCCACAUCAUCACUCACCUCACCCGCCUUAUCAAGAGGAAGAAUUUCAAGGUUACGAUUACGCGCAUCCGCACAUCCAGCUGCGGAAAGACAUGGAAGAGCUGAAAGAGUGGGGAAUAGACUCGUUCACGGAUUUACAUGACGAUUAUAACAAAUUGACCCCCGUCCAGCCUCAACUUAAUAAUUACGGCAAUCUUCAACCUCAGUAUCUGAAGCCAGCUCAGCUUCAGCCUCAGCCUCAGCCGAUAAAUGUGGCACAUGCUCAAAGUUUGGCUUACAAUGGGUAUCUCGAGGAUCAGAACCAGAAAUUACAUCGGCGUAUAUCAGGUGGAUCUGUGCCGGGAGUGCCAGUGGGAGUUGGAGUUGGAGUCAGAGUACCAGUGCCUACUGUCCCAAUUCCUUCAGUCCAGCAAGUACCAGUUAAUACUGCGUCAAUUAAACACACUCCCGUUGCACCUGCACGUAAUGAUUUCAAGUCCAAUGCUCACACACAUGCUCUUGCCACCAACAGCAACAACAACAACAAUAAUAAUAAUAACAAUAACAACAGGCAAGUGCAUCCUGUUUUUGUGCACUCACAUCAGCCAGUCGCGAGCUCCAAUCUCCAGCAGCAGACACAGAUAAAUAGACUUACUCAGCAGCAACAGCAGCAGCAGCUUAAAGUGACGAAUAAAAAAAAUACCGGUGAACUUGGUCACGUUACUAAUCAAGUUGAGCGUGUCGCAGUGACUCAAGACGAUUCUUUUUAUGGGCCCAUACUUCGCAGACUCGACGAGAUUUUUUUGCAACUUAAAUUCAGUGAAGAGUCUUGUAAGGAGAGACUCAUUUGUAGCAUGUACAAAAAUCCUGGAAUUUAUUCACCGCACAGUAAUAUUGUGUCUAAUGAGUUAUCUAGAGAUCCGCAAGAACUGAAGCGUAAAAGUACCGGUAGUGCUUCUAGCCAACGUUUUUACCGGUACAUAUCUGCCGCAAGGUUGGGGCAAGAAGGCGGCGAUUGUCUGAGAAGCUAUCCAUGUCACAUAAACACAGAGUGAAUUGUAAAAAUACCCAGUCAUAAAAAAAACUAAACAAUAACGAACAAACAACUCAGCAAAAUCAACAAUUUAAGAUUAGGUUAAUUUUACCGUAAAUUAAUUAUAUUUAUUUAUUAAAAUGUUAUUAAACUGUUAUUAUGAUUUGUCCAGUUUUGCCGAAUUGUCGUUACUCACCGUGGCUCUGUUAAUGUUUAUUUUUUUAUUAAAUAUUUUUAGAUAAUGUUUUUUUAUAUUUAUGAUGCAACUUGACAUCGUAGCCCUUGAGUAACGAUAAUUAAAUUAUUUAAUUAGAACGUCAACUGGAGAAGAAAUAAUAUUUUUUAGUAAUAAGGGAUUGUAAUUAAACUAUUUAUUGUCUCAAUUAAAUAUAAGCCUCGGGUGCCAUACCCAAAUAUUAAUUAUUGAAAUAUUAAUAUGUAUUUAGUAAUAAAAUAUGUGAUUAAAAAUAUAGUUUUUAUUUUAUCAUUGAUAAUUAUAAGCAAUAAAAAAUUCAGCGAUGCAUAGCAUGGAGUGCGAUUUAAUUAGUGAGUUUCCGUAAUUAUUGUUAUACGAAACAAAGAAGCGUUCAUAUAUAGCAGCUAAGUACCGCUAGUAGGGCAUUAGAAUACGUCUAUGACAUGUUUUAUUUAUUAAAAGUUGUGAUUUAAAUCUGAGAAGGUGCAAGUGUCCUUUUAUUAUGGAGUUGCUGUACAGUAAUAAUAAACUUUUGUAAAAAAAUAUACUACAUUACAUUAUAUGUAAUAAUAUGUUUUUUGUAAUUAUGUAAGCAGGGAACUCGUGACACCUAUUCUGUAUUGGGUUAAUGCAUUGUUA